GGGCUGUUUAAAUAGACUCGUCCUGUCAAUCAUUUUCUUCUUCGUCAGCCUCCCUUCAAUCGCCAUAUUGGGCAACCCAGAAAAGGGCUCGUCUCUUCUUGUUUUUUUCCGUCUCGCUUUUACUACGCGGCGGCGGUGCGAGCGGCGGGGGCAUCACCAGCAGCACCAGCCGCACCAGCAGCAGCGCCCGCACCCCCAGCACCGCCGGCGGGGCAGCGCGGAGCCGGGGCCGCGGAGCGCAGCGCCGCUCCCCGCCGCGCAACCGCUCCUCCACCCGCCCGGGGCUCCCCGGCGGCGGCGGCGGCGGCUCUCGGGGCUCCAUCCCCGGGCCGGCGCUUAUGCGAGGGUGCCUGAUCGCCCCAUCUCCGCGGGCCGAGGGCGAGCGGGGCCGAGGCGGGGCCGGCGAGCGGAGCAGCGCGGAGAGGAGGCGCGGAGGAGAGCCGCGGAGCGCCGAGAAAUAAAAGGCGGAGAGGAGGCGGCGGCGGCGGCGGCUGGAGGGGGGGGGAGAGCAGCGAGCAAAACAACCGCCGCCGGGAAGAAAGAGGGUGGGGGGAGAUGUCAAACGUCCGUAUUUCUAAUGGGAGCCCUACCCUGGAGCGCAUGGAAGCCCGGCAGUCGGAGUACCCGAAGCCGUCAGCUUGCAGGAACCUCUUCGGGCCGGUGAAUCACGAAGAGUUAAACAGGGACUUGAAGAAGCACCGCCAGGAGAUGGAGGAGGCAUGCCAGAGGAAGUGGAAUUUCGAUUUCCAGAAUCACAAGCCGCUGGAAGGCAGGUACGAGUGGCAAGCCGUGGAGAAGGGGAGCUCGCCCGACUUCUACUUCAGACCCCCCAGGCUACUGAAAGCUGUCUGCAAGUCCGCCGGCCGCCAGAGCUUGGAUGUAAACGGGAAUUGCCAAACCGUGGUUUUUGUCGGUUCUCAGGGAAUCUCAGAGGACACUCACUGUGUAGAGCAAAAGACUGAUGUUUCUGAAAAUCAGACGGACUUUGCAGAGCAGUGCACUGGGCAGAGGAAAAGACCUGCCACCGAUGAUUCUUCUCCUCAAAAUAAAAGAGCCAACACAACAGAAGAAGAGGUUUCAGAAGACUCCCCCAGUGCCAGUUCAGUGGAGCAAACACCCAAGAAAUCAAGCCCAAGAAGACAUCAAACGUAAACAGUUUAGAGCGGAGGAUGUGCGUGUCCUCGUUCAUCGGGCGCGGCGGGCGGCGAUGAAGCGAGGAAGAUGUAAAGUUGUAGUGGAAACGAAAAUACAUAUCGCCGAUCUCCGUGGGAUGGGGGUCCUGUACAAGCACUGAAAAAACAACAGCAACAAAACAAAAACAAGAAAAAAAAAAAAAGGCAAACAAUAACACUAAAAUUUUAGGCACUCUUAAAAGACCUGCCUCUAAAAGCAUUGGAUGUAGCAUUGUGCAAUUAGGUGUUUCCUUAUUUGCUUCAUUGUACUACCUGUGUAUAUAGUUUUUACGUUAUGUAGCACAUAAACCUUGUUGGGAGGGGGGAGGGAGUGGAAGAGGGUGACAUUUGGGACUUGCUUUCACAAUCUAGCAAGCAAAGAAAUGUAUGAAGAGAAGCAGUGUAGGGUUUUUUUUAUUACUUAAAGAUGUAUUGUCCCUUUAAGUGGGUCCACCGUGUUUUUCUUUUUUUUUUUUUUUUUUUUUUUUUAAAAAUGUACCAUUGUGAUGACCCUGCUCAGAGCAGAUUAUUACAGGCCACUUGUGAAAUUUUUCUCCUGCAUUAAGCUGAAGAGGUGGGAGCUGUGAUGAUUCCGUUAUGUAGUAGCAAAAGUUCUCCCCCCCACCCCCCGACCUCAAAUACAUAUAGCAAAUUUGAACGCCUGUAGAAGUCUUGUAAAAUCAUCCCAUUACUACAUUGCCUGAUUUCCUGGGGGUGGGGGGGGGGAGUGUGUGGAGGGGAGGUGUGUGUGCAUAGGAGUUGUAGUGUUUUUUUUUUUUUGUUUUAAACUAAUCUGGAGGGCCUUUGCUCUGAACCUCAAAUGUUGUUUUCUGAUCUGACCCACUUCCUGAAGUGUUUGUGUGAGGGAAAAGGGAUACUACAUCUUUAAACAGUAUUUCUACAUUGCCUGUGUACCUGUAUGUAAAAAUAAAAAAAAGUUUGAAGUGUACCUGUGUACAUAACUCUGUAAAGACACUGAGAAAUUAUACUAACUUAUUUAUGUUAAAAGAUUUUUUUUUAAUCUAGAAGACAAUAUUUUUCCCCAUAAAGCCAAAGUGGCAUGUUUUUGUGCAUUUGUAAAUGCUCUAUUUGGUAGCCUUUUUAGGGUUUUUUGUUUGUUUGUUUUUUUUUCUUUUUUUUUUUUUCUCCUUUUUCUGGUAAUUAAUAUGGCUGUGCUUAAAGGAUUGCAGACUGAGCCAAUUUAAUAUUUUUUUUGUAAUGUGUGGGAAAAACAAAAUUCCGGAUUGAUACUGUUUCACAUCAAGCAAUCAAUAAAGAAAACUGCCAUAUAUAAGAA